AUGUCACUGCCAGGUCCUGCAUCAGCUCCUGUGGAAUGGAAGAAACCUGGACCCAAACCUUGGGCAAUGGCAGAACAGUGGACUUUUCUCAAGGGAGGGGUCCCUGGCUAUUGUACUGCCCAGGCAGCCAAAGGGAAGAAUGCCACUAUAGUGAUGUUUCUAUCCAAGUUCAUGCUGAUGUUCUGGGCCCAGUUUCUGUUGCAGGGUGACAGAACUGCAGCUAUGGAUUGCAAGCACAUCAGAGAAUGGUUUCAAAAUCAUAGUAAAAAAUCUGUCACCCCUGCUCGUAUCGACAAUAUUUUCCCAAAAACAAGAUCUUGUGCAUUGAAGGCGGAAGAAAUUUAUUUGCAUCAGUAUUAUGUCAAACGCAUCAAACCAUUGGUAGAUGAGAGGAAGACUGAGAUUAACACUACAAAAGAAGUGUUUGAGGCAGAAAGUGAGGAUGUACAGGCUGAGGUUAUGAAGUGGAAAGAUGAGCAGGAACCAUUGUUAGUCAUGAAGGAUGGUGUCAUCACUCCAGAGAUUGCUCUUGCUGCAGCUCCUGAUCAGAUUAAGAGAUUUAUGGCAGCACUGUCGAAGGUGACCAGCUGGGUGAUGAUGACUAUAAUUGGAGGACCUGACCCUUGGGAGAAGGGCAAGAUCUCGACUUAUGGUGGUUCUGUUGGUGCAGAGAUAGACAGCAGAGAGUCUGGGAAGGAAAAGGAUAAAGAGACAAACACGAACAAGGGAAACGGCAUCGACAUGGAGAUUAACGCUGCUGAUAACAACAAGGAUGGCAUCCCUGUCAGAGAAGCUGGUGCUUCCAAAUCACCACCAUCUCCACCUCUACCCACAUCACUGCCAUCUCCACUUACCAUGGAAUUUGAGGACAUUCUCCCCCCCAAUCUAGUGGUCGAUGAGCCAGUGAUGAACAAGGAUAAUGGCAUUGACAUGGAGAAUAAUGCUACUAAUAACAACAAGGACAGCUUCCCUGUCAAGGAAGCUGGUGCUUCCAAAUCCCUGCCAUCUCCAUCUCCACUCAUGUCAUGUAGUAAAACUCAUAAAUGCCAAUCCACUCUGGUCAAGGAUGGGCUUACAGCAACAUGGGUGAAGAGAGUUCAUUCUGGUCCUGUGCCAAAGGAGAUUCUGACACUGGCAGAGCAUGCUGGGCUUGAGGGGGGGAUAAUAGCAGCACCCAAGACUUCUAAACAUAGGACUAGGAAGACGUAG